CCGAAAAGGACUUCUCCGGGCUCAGCUGCGCUCUCUCUUCACUGACCCGGCGGCUGCGUCUCGGUGUUGCUGGGUGGCGACUGCGCGCUUUUUCUUCUUCCUUUUUUUGGGCAGCUGUCGGAGCGCGACGCCCAGCCCCAGCUGGGGAAGGAGUGAGUGGGGGGGACGCUCCCCGCCCGGCGCGAUCCAGAGCCAAGCGACGGAUUCUUCACAGCUCCCAGAACUCUGAGACGCUUCUUGGAGCGCCCGAGAGCCUUUGGUCCUCGAUUGUUGCUUGCCUGCCUUGCCUGCCUGCUUGCCGGGCGCACCGGUUGCGCCAGAAAAGUUGGAACCGACACCGAGGGUUGGAGCCCACUCCUCGGAUCUCUGGACGCGGGUUCCUCCGGGCACAGCUGAGCCGACGACCCCCCCCAAAAAAACUCCCCACCCCCGCAGGAGCUUCUGCCACUGCGCCCCCCCUCUCCGGACCCCCUCCUCAUCUUCUUGAGGACGCGCGGGGGCUGGAGAGGAGGGGGCUGCUGCUGUUGCUGCUGCUUCUUCUGCUGCUGCUGCUGCGAGGGGAGCGGCUUUCCCCCCGGCGACAGUCCCCGCCGGCAGCGCUGAAACGCGGAUGUCGCCCUCCGCCUCUUCCCCUUUGCGGAUCGCCGGCGGCGCCCGGCGUCUUCCUCAGCCUUCCUCGGCGGCUCCGCGGCUGCGGGCGGCGUCGGUGGUGGAAGACGACUGAAAGGGAUGUUGGGCAGCUGUUGGCCCCGGCCCUGCCUGCCCCCCCAGGAGAUGUUUCUGAUGCUCGCCUUUUGCUUGGCGACGCGGCGGACCUUGGCCGCCCCCACCCCCACCGCCGAGGAGCUGGCGCGGGGAGUUGAUUGGCUGACCAAGUUUGGCUACCUGCCCCCACCGGAUCCCAUCACGGGACAGUUGCAGACUCAAGAAGAGCUCACCAAGGCCAUCAUGGUGAUGCAACAGUUCGGAGGACUUGAAGCCACCGGUAUUCUAGAUGAAGCCACCUUCAAACUGAUGAAGACACCACGUUGUUCGUUGCCGGAUCUUGCAGAAUCAAAGACGAGGAAGAAACGGUAUACCCAAGGAACUACCAAGUGGAACAAAAGGAAUUUAUCCUGGAGGGUUCGAACGUUCCCGAAAGAAUCCCACCUGGGCCACGACACAGUUCGCGCCCUGAUGUACUACGCCUUGAAGGUAUGGAGUGACAUCACGCCCCUCAAUUUCCACGAAGUGGCCGGCAACAAUGCGGACAUCCAGAUUGACUUCUCCAAAACCGAUCACAACGAUGACUACCCCUUUGAUGGCCCUGGGGGCACGGUAGCCCAUGCUUUCUUCCCAGGAGAACAUCAUACUGCUGGAGACACUCACUUUGAUGACGAUGAAUAUUGGACAUUCCGGUCAUCAGAUACCGACGGGAUGGAUUUGUUCGCUGUGGCAGUUCACGAAUUUGGACACGCCAUCGGCUUAAGCCACAUCUCUGCCACGGAAUCAAUCAUGAGGCCGUACUACCAGGGACCGGUCGGAGACCCCUUGAAAUAUGAUUUGCCGUAUGAAGACAAAGUCCGGAUUUGGCAGUUGUACGGAGUCAGAGAAUCUGUGUCCCCGACGGCUAAGCCUGAAAUAUCAAACGCAGAUGAUGACCAUCCCAUCCUGCCAGAUUUCCCUGAGAAUCGCUCCACUGUCCCGUUUAGAAGAGAUGUGCCCAAUAGAUGCAGCACGCAUUUCGAUGCCGUGGCUCAAAUCCGCGGAGAGGUUUUCUUUUUCAGAGGCAAGUAUUUUUGGAGACUGACUCGCAACAAGCAUCUGGUGUCCCUUCAGCCAGCUCAGAUCCAUCGUUUCUGGAAAGGAUUGCCUCUCAACUUGGAUAGUGUGGAUGCGGUAUACGAGAGGACCCACGACCAUAAGAUAGUCUUCUUCAAAGGAGACCGAUACUGGGUGUUCAAAGACAACAACGUUGAAGAAGGCUACCCUCGGCCCAUCUCGGAUUUCGGCUUGCCCCCAGGAGGCAUCGAUGCAGCCUUUUCCUGGGCUCAGAACGACAGGACCUAUUUCUUCAAAGACAAUCUCUACUGGUGCUACGAUGACCACCAGCAGAGAAUGGAGGCAGGUUAUCCUUUAGAAAGCACGCUGUGGAAAGGCAUUCCCAGCCAGCUGGACGAUGCCACGCACUGGUCAGAUGGGGCCACCUACUUUUUCAAGGGCAAGGAAUAUUGGAAAGUUACGGACAGCAAUCUGGAGGCCGAAUCAGGCUAUCCCCGCUCGAUUGCAAAAGACUGGCUGGUGUGCAGCAACAUGCAGGCCGAUGCGCCAGAACCAGCCGAGCGCUCCAGGACCGGGGGCCGCUCCAAGCAGGGAUACCACGACGAAAGCCGAUCAGAAAGCGAAGUCUGCUCCUGCACCUCGUCUUCCUCCGACCUCCCACCCUGCACCUCCCUCAGACUCUGCGGCGGCCUGGUCUUGGUCACUCUUUGGACAGCGGUGUUGGUGCACGGACCUCUAUGACCGACGGGGUCGCUUUGGACUGCAGCAAUUCAGGGGUUGCCAACGGACGCUGGGGGUGGAACCAGACCCUGGUCUCCCCCGACGCAGCUGUGUUGAGAAAGCGACAUCUAAACAUUCCUAGCAAUGUGAUGUGGAAUUAAUUUCAAAUUCUCCAUGAGAAGCAAAAGAGCAUUUUUAAUUAUCAUGAUGAUUAUUAUUGGUGUUCUGAUUUCCUUCGGUUGGCUGAGGUGGGUUUACGGUUCCCUUUUUAUUUUAUUUUGUUUUUAAGUUAACUUGCUUUUCACGCCAGAUUUUGCAGGUUUCUCACUUCCUCUGGUCUCCUCUUUUCCCCAGCAUACAAACCUAUGAAUAAAGUUUUUGACCUGCCACGUAGUCAUCA